AUGGGAACGGGCGCCUCAGUUCCUUCACCUCCCAGUUCCUGGUCCACGUGUCGGGACUUGACUCAAGAGGAGUACAUCAAAGAGCACCAGAAGUAUUAUGAAGCUUUCACGAACACCAGGUGGGCAGAAGCCUAUCAGAGCGUUGCUUCCCAAACCUCUGCCGGCGCGCUCGCUGCCCUUGGAGAAACCAAUUAUCAGAACUGCAUCCGAUUUGCUGUGGGUGCUAUUGGCCACGCUCAAGAAAGCCCCAGAGAUGUAGAAGAAGCAGUCGCAGUUCUCUGCCGAAGCGUAGAAGUGGCUAAGUGGAGGGCAACAAAGGCAGCGAGCUUUGUGAUGGAUCACCCGAAGAGGACACUGGUUCUCGAGGGGUUCAUGAAGGCACUGUUUCCGGAGUUUGCCGCCAAGGGCCCGGAGGCUCAGGCAGACCUGUUACUCGGAGUCAUUGACGGAGAUUCCAAAUCCCUGGGUGCCGUCGUCUUGUCUGUAGCUCGAGCAUGCAUUGCGGACGGUUUGGAAGAGAAGGCCUUGGGUUUGUUGGAGAAGUACUUGAAGCUUCACAAGGCUCCAGACGCCUACGAUGCAGGGGACCUUCUUGCCCUGUGGUAUGCUUUGCAGUGGCGAAAGUCGGGCAAGAAACCAAACGUUGUUGGCAAGGUGGCCCUCGUUCUCCUGAAAAGCUCGCACAUGAAAGUUGUUGUGGAUGAUGAGGGGACGGAGCUGGAUGCUGGCGUCACAAGUUGGGAUAAGGACAUUCUCAAAACAGUUACCGUGCCAGAUGUCAUGCGGGACUGGCGACUCUUCAGCGAUGCCAUGUGCUUCCUCAAUGACAGUACUGGCAGUACUUUCAGUGUUGGGUUCGAGCCGAUUCUUGUUGAAGACUGCUGGGAGGUGUUGACCAAGGCUCAGAAUCCACUCUGGGAUUCCAAGUACAAGCGUUGCAUUUCCCACACUGACUUUGGAACACCAGAGUUCAUGUCUGCCGUGCAGAAGUGGGAAGAAGGCUAUGUGAAGGAAAAAGGAGGGGACUCAGAUGUGCUGGCAUUCCACCUGCUUUUUCCUGCUGGCCGUCCCUGUGAGGCCAAAGUGCCGAUCACCGUGGGGGGGAUUGCCACCGGCACGAUCAACCACAGAGCUUUCAAGGGCAGGCCAGCCUACCAAGAUGAGGGCGUAGUAUGGACGCGCCAUCAUCGGCUCUUCUGGAUGUUCCAUGAAACGCAUCACUUGUAUGAGAGCCAAUUUCAAGACCGCUUCGAUUUCGCCCAGCUGAUAAAGAAGACUGACCAUCCAAUGUUCCAGUCUGAGAACUGGAGUGCGGAGUUCAAAGGGGGAAACGCCGCUUUUCCAGGGGACCACUGGCAUGGCGAAACCGAGUUUGAUUGGUACGUGCAAAGCAUCACCCGACGCUUGGCUCCCAUGACUGACAUGACCCUUGGAGAGUACUGGCUUUCUUGGUGGGGGGGCCGUGAAGCAGAGGAGGAGGGUGCUUACCAUGACUUCAUUGUUGAGCACCAUGUGCUGUGGAACGCAAGCGUCCAGGAGGACUGGGAGACAGUCUGCAAGCUUGCAGAGUCCCAGCUCAGGCCCAUGUCCUUUAAGAGGCUGGGAGAACACAACUAUCGGAACGUGGUGACUGUGGUGGUUCGCGGGCUCACGUUGACCGGAAAGCCGUUAGACGGCCCAGUGCUGGAAGCCUUGCGAAAAGGCAUGCAGAUCUUGGAGUACCCAGAUGAGCGUGCGGCCGAGCUCGUCCACGGCAUCCCUGCCGAGAAGAGGGAGGAAUGUCUGCGGUUGUUCCAGGGCGUAGAGAAGCCACAGGGGCAGACAGGACGAAGGCUUCAAAGAAAGAAGUCGAAGGCCAUCAGCAUCAUCGACGAUCAUCAGCAGAUGUGGGAGGCCUACCGAGCCCAGGAUUGGGAAGAGGUUUUGGAGCACAUCGAAACGCAAACAACUGCCGAAGCGCGCCAGCGCCUCGGAGAUGCAAACUUCCAAAACUGUUUUGCUAUGUCAUUUACUGCCAUUGGCCAGGGGAAGACUAGCCCACAAGAUGUCGAAGAUGCCGUGGCGUUGCUCCGCCAGGGGAUGGAAUUGACAGACUGGCCACUUAGCACCUUCCAUCCCCUUCUGUCUGGCCAUCCGAAAAUGUACCAAAUCCUGCAGCCCUUUGCACCAGCUGAUGAUACGGAGGGUGUCUACCAUGACUUCAUUGUUGAGCACCAUGUGCUGUGGAACGCAAGCGUCCAGGAGGACUGGGAGACAGUCUGCAAGCUUGCAGAGUCCCAGCUCAGGCCCAUGUCCUUUAAGAGGCUGGGAGAACACAACUAUCGGAACGUGGUGACUGUGGUGGUUCGCGGGCUCACGUUGACCGGAAAGCCGUUAGACGGCCCAGUGCUGGAAGCCUUGCGAAAAGGCAUGCAGAUCUUGGAGUACCCAGAUGAGCGUGCGGCCGAGCUCGUCCACGGCAUCCCUGCCGAGAGAAGGGAGGGACCACCGGAAGAGGCCGAGUCCCCUCCGGCGGCUCUGGCGCCUCCGGCAGCCCUGCUGUCGGCGGACUGGGACCCGUCCAUGAUCAUGGAUGAGAUUGCAGAGCUUCGGGGCGAGUAUCGCGUGCAGGUCGAGUCGAGCCAGCCAUCACCUCGAAUACAGUUUUCCUUCGCUUCAGCCCUGGUUGCGUCGUCCAGGUAUUCUGACAUCGACGAAGGUAUCUUCCUGCUGAAGGAGUUGUUGGAUGUUGGCUUCCGCCGCAAUGACUGCCUGCACUUGCUUGCGCUGGCGUACAUCAAGAUGGGCAACUACGUCAGGGCCAAGGAGAUGCUGGAUAUUUGGAUCCACCUCGACCCCCAGAGUGGCCGGAGACUUUGGGAUGAGUCAGACAGCCACAAUAAUGCAUCUUCUUAUGACUAUAGAAUUCUGAUCAUGUUAUAA